UACAUGGCAAAAAAUAGAUGCAAUCGACAAUUGAUAAUUACUUUGAUAUCAGCCACAAAACAUGUUGAGACAAAGGCACUGGAACCAAUCGCGAAAUUUUCAUCUGUUGGUCUAGACCUAAUUUAAAAAUGUCUACAAUUCCUAUUCCAUCUUUACCUGUGGGCGAUAUAGAAAUUAAACCACCAAUAGAUUUGAUUCCGGACGAAUACCCUCGAGACGGAAAUGGAAACUUUUACGUUGAAGCCUUCUUCAGCAACAAUGACCAAAGUGCCGUUGGAUUACUGAACUGCCUUGAGGAGUUAAAAUUUUCUGUAAUAAGGACCGCUUCAGACACACAGCUCUUUGAGCCCCAGUGGAUAACGAGAGUACAGAAGAGCGUAAAUGACAAAGAGUACGAUGGGAUUUUGCUGCUUUUCGCCAAAAUCGAUCUUCAGGUCGUCGAAAUGAAAGAGAUUUGGGGUCAAUUUACCUCAAAACACUGCCCCAAGCUGAAGAACAAGCCGAAGGUUUUCAUCUUCCAGCUAGAAAAUCAAAAAGGACGAUCAUUGCAAUCAGAUAGCACCGCUAGGGAACUAAAAUGGCUCGCUGGAUAUGAAACCCCCUCUGAAGCAGACAUGCUCAUUAUUUAUCACAAAUAUGACGAUGAUUCGACUGCGGAUUUGCUGAAAGCCCUCAAGAGAAAUAUCGAAGAAUGUGGAGCUCAAGAAAACAUCAUCACCCUAAUCAGCAUAAGAUCGACAUUCUCCCAUCAGCCGUUAAUAAUCUCCACUAUGACAAGAAACUUUUUUUUCGUCGAUCACCCGUACCGAAGACACUCUCUCAGUCUGCUAGAACAACAGAAUUACACAAAGAAACAGCUUCAAGAACUUAUUAAUCAAUGGAGUCAGAUACGAAUUGUCGACAAACGUGUGCAGCACAAUGGAUCAGCCUCAACUUCAAGAACUGGAAGUUUUCGCAACUGCAACGCAAAUAAAUUUAAAGCUGUUGAAAAAGCGCUAUUGACGAAGCCCGCUUGGAAACCGUAGAUAUCGGCAAUACUUAGUUAUUAGCACGCACUAAAUUACCUAAUUAAACUAAAAUUGCACAAUUUUAUUUCAUUUCAUCUCUUAAGCUAAUCGAAUUCACUUAAAAAAAAAUUCAGGACAGGACUGCAGAAAUAAAAAACGUAGUAUUUAAGAUGCGAACAUAUAUUCUCGUUAAAUAGGUAUAAAAUAUCAUGAGCAUAUGAUCGUUUACACUUAAUACAAAUGUUCUUAUACACAUAAAGUCUACAUCUAAAAUAGAAAUAAAUAAACAAAACUUAAUUUA